AUGCCUCCCACAUUCGCAGGCCUAACGGGCAAGAAAUUGUCCCUGGCAAUCUCAACCGUCGCAACAACCGGCUUCCUCCUCUUCGGCUACGACCAAGGUGUCAUGUCCGGCAUCAUCGACGCAGACCCCUUCCACGACUACUUCCCCGAGACAAAAGACAGCACCAUGCAAGGUUUCGUCACAGCUAUUUACGAAAUCGGUUGUUUGCUAGGUGCCAUGUUCAUCCUCUGGAUCGGUGAUCUUCUCGGUCGUCGAAGAGCUAUGAUCAUGGGCGGCUGGAUCAUGAUUCUUGGUGUUAUCAUCCAAGUUACUGCCGUCAAGGGACACUCUGCUCUUGCGCAACUUGUGGUUGGUAGAACGAUUACUGGUGUUGGUAAUGGAAUUAAUACUUCCACUAUCCCUACCUACCAGGCUGAGUGUUCUACUACCUCCAACCGAGGUCUUCUCAUUUGUAUUGAAGGCGGUAUCAUUGCUUUCGGUACUCUUAUCGCAUACUGGAUCGACUACGGUUGCUCGUACGGUCCCCAGGACCUUACAUGGCGUUUCCCAAUUGCUUUCCAAGUCGUUUUCGGACUCAUCGUCUGUCUCGGCAUGGUCUGGCUCCCAGAAUCUCCUCGCUGGUUGCUUACACACGACCGCCACGAAGAAGCUGAAAAAGUCAUUGCAGCUAUCCGAGGCUUCGAGAUCGACAGUGAUGAAACACGCGCUGAACGCGACCGAGUCGUCGAUUCUAUCCGUGCUUCCGGUUUCGCAGCUUCCAAGUCCACACCCGUCAAGGCUCUGUUCACCGGUGGAAAGACACAGCAUUUCCGCCGUAUGCUUCUCGGCGCUGGAUCGCAAUUCAUGCAACAAGUCGGUGGCUGCAAUGCGGUUAUUUACUACUUCCCCAUUCUCUGCACUGAUAUCUUUGGCGACAAGAACUUUGCUCUUCUGCUCGGUGGCGUCAACAUGAUUGUGUACUCCAUCUUUGCUACAUCAUCUUGGUUCCUCAUUGAACGGGUUGGUCGUCGCAAGUUGUUGCUCAUCGGUACCGCUGGACAGAUGCUUAGCAUGUUCCUCACCAUGGGAUUCUUGAUUCCCGGUGGUAGUGAUCCUGGUACCAAUGCGCCUCAGAUUUCCAAGGGUGCUAUUGCUGGAUUGUUUACGUACAUUGCUUCGUUUGGUGCUACGUGGUUGCCUCUUCCCUGGUUGUAUCCCGCUGAAGUCAACCCCCUCAAGACCCGCGGCAAGGCCAACGCUACAUCGACCUGCACAAACUGGCUGUUCAACUUUGUCAUUGUCAUGAUUGUUCCCAUCAUGAUCAGCAACAUUCACUGGGGAACAUAUUUGUUCUUUGGCUGUGCGAACGCUACAUUCUUCCCCAUCCUGUACUGGUUCUACCCCGAGACCGCCAACCGAUCUCUCGAGGAAAUCGACAUCAUCUUCGCCAAGGGCUACGUCGAAAAGAUCUCAUACGUCAAGGCUGCCAAGGAGCUUCCUUUCCUUACACAUGAGGAGGUUGAGCGCGAGGCUAUUCGACUGGGUCUUGUUGAUGAGGCUGGUCGGGGUGGUAUGAUGGAGAAGCCUAAUGAGGAGAGCGGUACUGUCCGUGAUGAGUCUGGCUUCAACUCUGAGAAGUCUUAA